UAUUUCUACGUAAGUAUAACGAGAGGACUGACUUCAUAUUGUUUUUUCCCUGUCUCUCUGAACUUUGGAAUUUUGCUAGUCUUAUUUUCCUUCUAGAUGCAAUGAUUCGAACUAUCAAAUUAUUACGUUUAACAAACUACAACAUGUCUAAACUGCACUCAAGCAGUGUCAGUGCAAGUAUUCAGAAACUGAAAGGUAAAGUAGCUAUAGUUACCGCCUCUACUGAUGGUAUUGGCUAUGCUAUAGCUAAAAGGUUGGGCAAUGAAGGAGCUAAAGUAGUAAUAAGUAGCAGAAAAGAAGAUAAUGUAAAUAAAGCUGUAUCAGAUUUGCGCAAAGAUGGGAUAAGUGUAGAGGGCAUUGUGUGCCACGUUGGGAAUGCUGAGCACAGGAAGAAACUUUUUGAUCUUGCUAAUAGUAAGUUUGGUGGUUUAGACAUACUUGUAUCAAAUGCUGCAGUAAACCCAGCAGUUUCACCUAUUCUUGAGACAGAGGACAACGUAUGGGACAAGAUAUUUGAGAUCAAUGUAAAAUGCUCAUGGCUUCUGGCCAAGGAAGCUUACCCAGAGCUCAUGAAAAGAGGAGGGGGAAGCAUUGUGUUUGUGUCAUCUAUUGCUGCUUACAACCCUAUGCAGCCAUUAGGUGCAUACAGUGUCAGUAAAACAACAUUACUGGGAUUGACAAAGGCAAUAUCGAGUGAAGUGGUACAUGACAAUAUCAGAGUCAACUGUGUGGCUCCAGGUGUUGUAGCUACUAAGUUUGCAUCUGCUAUCACAGAAUCAGAUGCAUCAAAAGAAGCAAGUCUGUCAAAAAUACCUAUGAAUCGAUUUGGUAAGCCUACAGAAAUAGCCAGCACUGUCGCAUUUCUCGCAUCAGAUGAUGCUAGUUAUAUCACAGGCGAAACUAUCGUGGUAGCAGGUGGCAGUUUUUCACAUCUUUAGGUUUUGUUUCAAUAAGCACUAUGUAUGAUGUAAUUGAUAAUAAUAUUAAACGGCUUUUAAGCUACAUAAUUUUUUUGUAAAUCAAAGAGGGUUUUUCAUAUGUAUAUUGUUUAUAGUAUAGUAGUAUAAAGUCA